GCCCCCGCUGUGGGCGGCGCCGCCGGCCCCACGCUCGAGCAGACCUCACCUUCCUUCCACCUCUCCCGCGCGGGCCCCACCCUCCACCUCACCCCGUCACCGUCGCCUUCGCACCGCCGCCCCCCUCCCACCAUCCCUCCCCGCGCCGAGUUAUAUAUUCCCGCGCCUCCCUAGCGGCAUCCCCAUCCGCCCUCUCCAGCUCCGAGCCUCCAGCAGCAAGGAAGCGAGCGAGAAUCUCGAGCUCUCGCUCGCGACGAAGCCAGCCAGACAGCGGCGAGUCGGGUAGAAGCGAUCCCAUGGCGCCCAAGAGGUCACCGUCGCCGGCCGGGAGCAGCGGCGGCAGCGCCGUGUGCGCGCCGGCGCCGGCGGAAGAGCAGCCGAGGCUCCGCGGGGUGCGGAGGCGGCCGUGGGGCCGGUACGCGGCGGAGAUCCGGGACCCCGCGCGCAAGGCGCGCGUCUGGCUCGGCACCUUCGACACGCCCGAGGAGGCGGCGCGCGCCUACGACGCCGCCGCGCGCAGGCUCCGCGGGCCGCGCGCCGCCACCAACUUCCCCUCCGCCCAGGAGGCCAAGGCGGUCGCCGCAGCUGCCCCGGCGGCGAGCGCGAGCGGGAGCGCCGUGCUGUCGGAGGACGCGUCGUCGUCGUCAUCGUGCUCCCGGGACUCGCCGCUGGCGGUGACGUUGGCGGCCGCGGCGCCCGCGUCGCUGGACCUAGGCCUGGCGCUCCCGGCCGUGGCCGCCGCGCAGCCGUACCACAUGUUUCUGGACCCGGCCGCGACGAUGGUGGCCGUGGCGCCGGCGCUGCUGCAGUUCCUGCCGCCCAAGAGUGAGGAAGAACAGAGCUGCUCAGGGUCGAGCUCCUCCUCAUCGGUGGUGCUCGACGCGGCGCCGGCGGUGGGCCUGGGGCUGGACCUGAACCUGGCGCUGCCGGCCGGGAUGGUGAUGUAGACACAGACUAAUCAGUCGGUUAAUUAGCACAGUAGGAAUUACUUAGCUCAUCGAUCAAGAUUCCAUCAUCAGGUGUAAAUAGGCUGCAGAUUUCUGCACGCGUUGGGAUGGUCAUGUAAGCGAUGUAAGGAAAUUUGCCAGGACUCAAAAGGCUUCAUCUUAAUCAGAGAUUCAGAGCCCUGUGAAACAUAAUUGAUCUCCCGUGGCCGGAGCUAUUUGUUUUUUUUUUCCAAG